AUGCCUCAUGCUGGUCCCAUGGAUUUCCAGGCCCUCAUCCUGUGUGGUCCUGGAAGUUCACUCAAUACCUUUACUUCCAGACCCGAGGAGUAUCCAAAGUGCCUCAUCCAAGUCGCAAACAGACCGAUGGUCUUCUAUGCCAUUGACUUCUGCAGACGAUCAGGUGUCACCAACAUCACACUGAUCACCCCUCCACUGUCUUACCCUCCAAUUCGAGCCGCCUUGGACCAAAAUCCAUAUCUGACAUCGUUCUACUCACUUUCGGUCUCAGUUGUCGCACCAAAAGCCCUCGAGAUGACCAUGGGAACCGCAGAGCUGCUCCGCCUCCCCGAAGUCCAGAGGUGUCUUAACACCAAUUUUCUCCUUCUACCUUGUGACAUCAUCUGUGAAAUCCCGGGCGAGUCAAUCCUCGAAGCCUGGAUGUCCACUCAGUGUGUGGUGAGCGAUAGCAACGAUUCUAAAGGCGUUCACCCUUCAUCCCCUCCAAGCAAAUCCUACUUCAACCGCCCGCUGGAAGCUCGCUCCGGCGGUAUCGCUGUGUACUAUCAGACCGACAACCGAGAGGAGAGCAUCCAAGACGAAGCAACCGAUUUCGUAGCCAUCGCACCGCUAGAGCAGGAUGAAGUAACCAUUGUCCCAUCCCCCAAGGGACCGCUACUCCCACGGUUCGACCUAUCCAAGCUCCUCAUGUCGAUGCCGAUGGAUACAAUGAAGGAAAAAAUGGAGCAAGACGACUGCCUGCUUAUUCGUCAUUCUCUCAUCCAGAAUUGUGCACGCGUCAGGAACCUCACCACCUUCCGUGACGCCCAUAUCUACGUCUUCCCAUACUGGGUCAAAGAUCUACUCCAUCACCAAAGCAGACUAGAAUCCGUCAGCGAAGAUCUGAUCGGCAACUGGGCCAAAUCAGGAUGGCAGGAAGGUCUCGGCGACAAGCUAGGAUUGACGAUGAUCUUUAAUCAAGAAAUUUCCAGCGAACAAGAACCUACUAGCCCCCCACAUAGUCCUACCAGCGCCCCUGUGAAGAAUGUUAUUGAUCUCCGGGAUAUGAGUACUACCAGAGCUCGCUCGAGAUCUGAAGUGCAGCCAGUGAAUCCUUUUCAAACGGCUGCCACUGAGCUGCCACAUAUGCUGGCCUAUGUCCACCGAGGUCCAGUCCCGUUCAUCCGACGAGUCGAUAACACUGGGAUCCUUCUUUCAACUUCGCUUUUUCUGGCAAAGCUGCCAUCUAUUGAGGAAGUCGGCCGCAAGGCAGCGUCACCUUUUGCGCACGCCCACAAAGUUGCCUACCCUGAGGGCGUGGCUUCGCCUAGCACUGUUACAAAGAAAGAUUGUCUGCUAGGAGAGAAUGUGAUUGUUGAACCGGCUGCCGUUAUUAAGGAGAGUGUCAUCGGCGCCAACUGCCAUAUUGCCAGCUCUGCCCGCAUCGUUCGUUCCGUUCUGAUGGAGGGUGUCGUCGUUGAAUCUAGGGCUCAAUUAACCGGAUGUGUGAUUGGUCGACAUGCUCAUAUUGGUCGUGAAUCUGUGCUGAAGGGGUGUGAGGUCCAGGAUGCUAAUGUGAUCCCGAAGGAGACAAUUGCUAGGGAAGAGAAGUUCAUGGUUUGCGAGACCCUGUUUGUCUGA